ACAACGUGCGUUUUAUUAAACUAGCAUAAUCUUUUCAUUAGUUUGUCUUACAGUUACGGGAGUUUAAACUACGACUUUAGCCGAGACAAAAGCUCAUAAUGCCAAAGAAGAAAUCACAAAAUAGAAAGAGAGCGGGGGCGGCGGGAUGCGGAUCCUCCAAUCAGCAACAGUUACCAGAAAACACUACACUUGAAAGACAGUUUGCAGGAACUUCAAACCAGGGAUGCGGAUCUUCCAGUCAGCAACAGUUCCCAGAAAACUUUCGAAAUGAAACACAGAUUACAGGAACUUCAACUCAGGGAUACGGAUCAUCCAGUCAGCAACAGUUACCAGGAAGCAACCAAAAUGAUAACAAGCCACCGGAAACGUCAAAUCAGGGAUGCGGAUCCUCCAGUCGAAAACAGCAGCCAGAAAACACACAACUUGAAAUCCAGCUGACAGGAACUUUCUGGAAGGAAAUCACAGAGACCCUCAAAGUAGUCCCAAGCUUUCCUUCAGAACUGGAACAACUGAAUUAG